AGAAAUGGAAGAGGAGAUUAGAUGAAAAUUUGAUCAAUAUAUGAAAGAAGAAUCUAUUCUUUAAGAGAACAUAACCCAAAAUCCUACUCUGAUUCAGCUCGGAGCUAGUAAAAUAAUUCAUGAUGCUAAAAAAUAUGGCUCUAACUAAGAAACCUUAAGAUUAAGAGAACACCUCCAUUCAUAUAUUGGAUCUGAGGGGUUCAACAUAAUCUUUUUGAAUUUAUCUUGAACUUAUAAAAAGUUGACUAUCAUGUGUUAAUGGGAUUACCACCUACUGUUCUGAGGGAUAGUAUAGGAGGAGUUUAUAGCUGUAGAAACCAUAAUAAGGAUCAAUGUGCAAUUGUUUUCACAUUGAUAAUAAUAGAAACCAAUCUUAUUUUAAGAAGCAAUUGC